GUUGUGGCCACUCAGUGUAUCUGACACACUCUCCCUGUGAGGGGGUGGGGGAGUGUGUGUAACAUUGUCGGAUUGCUUCAGGGAUUGCAACACUCUUCCCACUCUACAAGAUAUCCACAGCUUCCCUCUGACAAUCUGCGCAUUGUGCGGGCGUCCACAUUUGCCACACAAACAUCUACGGACUCUUGGCUCCGUUAACAACCAAGACCACUGCACCCUCUCCAGCCCCGAACACCAAAGUCACACAGACAGCGUGAAACAACUUUGAUGGAGGAAAUGAUGGGUCAAAGCUUCAAUCUAGAUGACCAUGACUUUGACAAUAUCUUUGAAAACUAUUCGUACGAGUACGAUGUUGAACCCGGCGUAUCUCCCUGCAUCCCCCUGGUGAAGAAGUCGCUCAACGUGAUGUUGGCCGCGGUCUACAGCCUGGUGUGUCUCUUGGCCGUGACGGGGAAUGUACUGGUGUUGGUGGUCAUCCUUCACAACCGCCGCUCCAUCUCAUCCACGGACGUCUACCUGCUCCAUCUGGCCACGGCCGACCUGCUCUUUGCCCUCACCCUGCCCUUCUGGGCAGUGGACGCCGUGUCUGGCUGGGUGUUUGGUGACGCCAUGUGUAAGGUGAUCAGUAUGUUGCAGGAGGUGAACUUUUACAGUGGCAUCCUCCUGCUGGCCUGCAUCAGCGUGGACCGCUACCUGGCCAUUGUCCGCUCUGUCCAGUCGCACGGCCACAAGAGGCCGUGGAUGGUCAAACUGGUGUGUGCCGUCGUCUGGUUCGUGGCCCUGCUCCUGUCCUUGCCCGUCCUCUACAAGGGUGAGUUGAUCCAUGAUCGCAGGACCCUGUGCUACGAGAUCCUCGACGGACAAUCGGCCGACAUCUGGAGAACCGCCACCAGGUUCUUGCGGCACGUGAUGGGCUUCCUCGUGCCGCUGGCCGCCAUGGUCUUCUGCUACUCCGUCACCGUGUGGAAACUGUGCCAGACCAAGGGCUUCCAGAAGCAGAAAGCCAUGAAGGUCAUCAUCGCGGUGGUGCUGGCCUUCCUGGCGUGCUGGCUGCCCCACAACGUCACGGUGCUGGUCGACACGCUGAUGAGGAGCAAACUCAUCGAAGACUCUUGCGCCAAACGCGACCACUUGGACAGGGCUCUGUCCGCCACCCAAACCCUGGGCUUCACGCACAGCUGCAUCAACCCAAUCCUCUACGCAUUCAUCGGGGUGAAGUUCAGGAGGAACCUGGUGAAGAUCUUGGCUAAAUCUGGAAUCGUGAGGCGAGCGAUCAUCUCCAAGUACAGGAGGUCCAUGUCGUCCAUCUCUGAAUCUGGCCUCAUCUCCACCGCCAUCUACAUGGACCACGAUGUAAACGUCCGGGCCACUAAGUAACUGGCUGGGAAGGAACAUGAAGGGACUUACAGCCACAUCUAACCAUUGGAACGUC